AAAACUAGACAGAGCAGCUUCACUUUGGGCCGCCGGAGAUGGAAGAAACCGAGCCGACUGCGAGUAUUUCACCCACUGAAACCUGCUAAAUCCCCUUCAAGAAACAUCGACGGGUGACAUUAGACGCCAUGGCUCGUUGCUAGACUGAUAUAUAAUUGUGAACAGGGAGCCUAAAGGGCGAUAUUUCUUUUCUUUUUUCUUUCUUUUUCUUUUUUUUGUGUGUGUGUGUGUGUGUGUUGGAAGUGGCGACCGACACCGACACCGACAGCGCCUUAACGGUUCGUUUAGUUAGCUUCACUGACUCAAACACUCACACGGACAAACCGGGACUUGGAUUUUAACGGUUGAUUACGGAGUGUACGAGCCAUGUAAAUAUAGAGUAAAGGAUUUUUUUUAUUAUUACUAUUAUUUUUUUUUUUCGGUGUCUUUAACACGUCCGGUCUUUUUGGGUUUUGAAAAAAAUUGUCACGAUCCAUGCUGAGACUGUUUCCUCGGAGAGAGCUGCAAAGCAAAGGCAAUAAUAAUCAUUUUUCGGCUAUUUUUUUGGACGUCGGCGGAGGACGGCUGGUUAUUAAAAAGGACGGACGAAUUAAAAAAAAAGAUGUCAACAAAAACUCCUUUGCCAACCGUCAACGAGAAGGUGACGGAAAGUCACACGUCUCACACCAAUGGGCGUCAGGAGAUCAGCGCGCGCUCCGGCCGAACCGGCGUGCGGACCCGCAGCUCCGAGGAGCCGCAGCAGCCCCACGUCGGCAACUACCGGCUGCUCAAAACCAUCGGCAAGGGAAACUUUGCUAAGGUCAAACUGGCCCGACACAUCCUCACCGGGAGAGAGGUGGCAAUUAAGAUAAUAGACAAGACGCAGCUGAACCCAAACAGCCUUCAGAAGCUCUUCAGAGAAGUAAGAAUAAUGAAGAUCUUGAAUCAUCCCAAUAUAGUCAAGCUCUUUGAAGUGAUUGAGACGGAGAGGACACUCUACCUGGUGAUGGAGUACGCCAGCGGAGGAGAAGUCUUUGACUACCUGGUUGCACAUGGAAGAAUGAAGGAAAAAGAGGCCAGGGCUAAAUUUAGACAGAUCGUAUCGGCGGUGCAGUACUGCCACCAGAAGCACAUCGUUCACAGAGACCUCAAGGCAGAGAACUUGCUCCUCGACGCAGACAUGAAUAUCAAGAUCGCCGAUUUCGGCUUCAGUAACGAGUUCACUAUGGGCAACAAGCUGGACACGUUCUGUGGCUCCCCGCCGUACGCCGCGCCGGAGCUUUUCCAGGGGAAGAAGUACGACGGGCCGGAGGUGGACGUCUGGAGUCUGGGAGUCAUCCUCUACACGCUGGUCAGCGGCUCGCUGCCCUUCGACGGACAAAACCUCAAGGAGCUGCGUGAGCGGGUGCUCCGAGGGAAGUACCGCAUCCCUUUCUACAUGUCCACAGACUGCGAGAACCUCCUCAAACGCUUCCUGGUGCUCAACCCGGCGAAGCGGGGUACUCUCGAGGUGAGGGAGGACGCAGAAAAUCAAAUCAUGAAGGAUCGAUGGAUCAACGCGGGUUUCGAAGAAGACGAGCUCAAGCCUUACAGCGAACCAGAGCUGGACAUCACGGAUCAGAAGAGAAUAGGUACAAAAAAAAAAAUUAUAAUAAAAUAUCUGCUGAUGUUUAUGAAACCGGUUUAUGUCCUCAAAGGGAAAGUUUACUUAAGAUCUCAGCGAGCGUUAUGACCGUCGGGCCGGUUGUAUAAUAAAAAAAAAAAAAAGAAAAAAAAAGUGCACAAGCAUCAUAAAACAAAAAGAAAGAAAAAUCAGCAUUGUGUU